AUGUCGAUCUCUUCAGGAGUCACGGAGUCAUGGAUAACUGCGUUUUGCUCCCUCAUGGGACAUGAGUAUUUUGCGGAGGUUUCCGAAGAAUUCAUCGAGGAUGAUUUCAAUUUAACGGGACUGCAAUCGCAGGUUCCAAAGUUUAAGGAAGCUCUGGAGAUGAUAUUAGAUGUGGAGCCGGAGGAUGACGAAGAUGAAGACGAAGACGAAUAUGAUGAGGAUGAAGAUGCUAUACUAGGCGACGACCGUGACUAUAUAAGAUCAAGUGAGCGAAGGCAUGUAAGAGUUGCGAGUGACCUCAGCGCUAUCGAAACCUCAGCAGAACUUCUAUACGGGCUGAUCCACCAACGUUACAUCACAUCACGCCAGGGUAUUCAACAAAUGUUGGAAAAAUAUGAACGUCAAGAUUUUGGAGUUUGCCCACGAGUUUUUUGCAAUGGAUGCAGGGUUCUACCGGUUGGACGAACAGACACCCCUGGACUUGACACUGUCAAAUUAUAUUGUCCGAGCUGCCAGGAUCUAUACACACCUCCAAACAGCCGAUUUCAAACUGUUGAUGGCGCAUUUUUUGGCACAACAUUUGGAUGUCUUUUCUUUAUGACGUUCCCCGAACUUGACGUUUCGGGCCCAGCGGACGGACCCGUGACCAGUCUGCCGGCGGCAGGCAGCGGUAAAACGCCACAGGGUGCGGCGGGACAGCCAAUCCAGAUCAACGGCGUGAUGACAGAUAAUUUGGCCCCCGGACUAGGACAAGGCAAAAUAUAUGAACCAAAAAUAUAUGGAUUUAAAGUCUCAGAACGUGCCAAAUCAGGCCCGCGAAUGAAAUGGUUGAGAAUGAAGCCGGAAGAUAUACAUGAACUCGAUGAGAGUGCUAUUUACCACGCAGCCCGUCGUGACUCGGGCGACGCUGAUGGUGAUACGGAAAUGGGAGCUGUGGACCCUCAGCAGGCUGCGAUUAACCGACGGAAGAAGGCGCCAAUCCGGAAACGAAGAGUCGGCACUUCUGCGGCUGCUGGCUCGAUGAAUAAAAAUGGGGCUGGCGAAGCGGGAUAG